UGCUUUGGUUGCUUGAGAAAAUUUUGAACGCAUCAAUAUUUCUUUAGUGCGGUUUCACGAUUCGUAAUGUAAACAACUUGCAUCAUAAUACAAUAAUUACUACUGUGCAAAUUUACGUGUCGUUUUUGUUAUUAUAAUUUAUUAAAGACCGUAUCAGUGGAGUAAUAACGGCGGCGCGAAAUAAAAAAAUGUUAUUGUGCAAUGCUUCUAUUGUGGUUGUUGUAGUUAUUGCCUUUUGUUGUAUAAAGCUUACAAAUGCUAAGUCACAAAGACCCAAUAUUAUAUUUAUCAUGGCUGACGAUUUGGGGUGGAACGACGUAGGAUUUCACGGUUCAAAUGAGAUUCCUACUCCAAAUAUAGACGCUUUAGCGUACUCAGGGUUAAUUUUAAACAAUUAUUAUGUUACACCGAUUUGUACUCCUUCGAGGAGUACGUUAAUGACUGGGAAAUAUGCAAUUCACACUGGCAUGCAGCAUACGGUACUUUUUGGUGCUGAAGCCCGUGGAUUACCCCUGACUGAAAAAAUUCUACCUCAGUAUUUGAAAGAACUGGGUUACGAUAAUCAUAUUGUUGGUAAAUGGCAUUUGGGUUCGUACACCAAGGAAUAUUUGCCCAUGUCACGAGGAUUUGAUUCACAUCUAGGUUACUGGACAGGCCAUCAAGAUUAUUUCGAUCAUUAUGCUGUGGAACGUCCGGGAUUCGGCUUGGACAUGCGACGUGGAAUGGAAGUGGCGUAUGACCUCCACGGCAAAUAUUCAACAGAUAUUUUCACAGAGGAAUCCGUAAAAAUUAUAUCCAAACAUAAUACCAGCAAACCGCUAUUUUUGUACCUGGCCCACGCGGCAGUCCAUUCAGGAAACCCGUACAAUCCCUUGCCAGCACCGGACAGUGAGGUCCAAAAAUUCGAAUACAUAAAAGACUACAAUCGAAGGCGAUUUGCUGCAAUGUUGAGCAAAUUAGACCAAUCUGUAGGAGAAGUCGUUAAAGCUUUAAACGAUAAGGGCAUGUUGGACAACAGCAUAAUUAUUUUUACCACGGAUAACGGUGGCCCUGCUGCAGGCUUCAAUCUCAACGCCGCCUCGAACUAUCCGCUCAAAGGCGUUAAGAAUACUCUCUGGGAGGGCGGAGUCAGAGGUGCCGCUUGUGUGUGGAGUCCACUGAUUAAGAAAAGUAAAAGGAUAGCCUUGCAAAUGAUGCAUAUCUCCGAUUGGCUACCAACUCUUUUGGAAGCUGUUGGUGGUAAUGUAAGUAGUAAAUCUAAUAAUUUGGAUGGAGUCAGCUUAUGGAAUGCUCUGUCCAAUGAUGAUGUGUCCACACGAAGUGAAAUUCUUCAUAAUAUUGACGAUGAAUAUGGUAAUGCUGCCGUAACUGUGGGUCCUUGGAAAAUAGUCAAAGGUACAACAUAUGGCGGUCAAUGGGACUAUUGGUAUGGUCCAAAUGGCAGAAAUUACGCAUUUAAUGCAAGCUUGAUUUUGAAUUCAAAAGUUGGUAAAACUUUGAAUGCUUUGGGAAAAAUGCCAAAAUUAUCGGAAAUCGAGGAAAUCAGGAAAAACGCAACCAUAGAUUGUCAACAAAACCACAAUCAAGGCACAAAGUGCAAUCCAGUUGCCAAAACUUGCUUAUUUAAUAUAAUUGAGGACCCAUGUGAACUAAAUGAUGUAGCUAAUCAUUUCCCGGAAAUAUUACAUCGACUGGAAGAAACUUUAUCAAAAUACAAUGAAACAGCAAUUCCACCUGGAAACUUACCCUUAGACCCAAGAGGAAAUCCAAAAUACCAUAACUUUGUGUGGACAAAUUUUGGAGAUUUUUAUCAAACUAUUGUUGAAAGCCUUUAACCAAAGUUAAGAUUUAAUGCAGGUAAAUGAAUUAUUUAUGUUUUUUAAAGAAAUAUAUUUAUAUAAAAAUAAAGUGUGAAAUAAAUAAAA